AUGAACUCAACAGUCGAACAUUGGCAACACCAGUAUGGCGUCGCGGGGUUGUCAAGGCUUCGCACCUGGACCUUUGCGCAAGUUGCCGCCUUCGUCGCAGCCAUCCUCAUAGUGCGCUUCCUCGUGAAGCUCAUCAACCAUCGCCGCAUGUUCCAGCGCCUUCAACGACAAGGCCUGCCAAUGCCUCCUCAUAACUUCUUACUCGGUCAUCUAGGGCUCGCGGCUAAGAUUGCGAAAACCCUUCCGAGCGAUUUUCACGGGCACUACCUGGCGGGCGAAAUCAGGCGAGUGUACCCUGACCUCCCAGCUGUCUUCUACCUGGACCUGUGGCCGACCGGUCCACCAUUGAUGGUGAUAACGACAAGUCACGAUCAGGCUCGAGUGACGGCGCAUGAGCCGCAACUUCCUAAACAUGAGGGCGUGUUGGGAUUCCUGAAGCCUCUCAUCGGAAGCCAUGGUCUCGUCACGAUGGAGGGAGAUGAGUGGCGGUACUGGCGGGGCGUUUUCAAUCCUGGAUUCAACGCGGCGCAUCUUGUGACGCUGGUACCGGGUCUCGUUGAAAAUACGCUGGUGUUGCAUGAUAUCCUGCGAGAGAGAGCAGCGGCCGGCGAGAUCUUCUCGUUGUUUGAGACUAUGUCGCGGUUGACUAUGGACAUGAGUUGUCUCGCAACAUUAGGUUCUCGUUUGAACGCCCAGAGGCAGGGCUGUGAUCUUGUGUCAGCAUUUCGCAGUUCAGCCGACUGGAUCCCAUCCCCCAAUGAGACAAAUCUCUUCAGAAAGUUCAACCCGAUAAGGCACUUGGUCUAUCGCUACAAUCGAUGGAGGAUGGAUAGGUAUGUCUCGAGCGAGUUGGAGACGCACUUCGCUGCAAUGCGAUCUCAGGCCCAGCUUGGGGAUUCCGGACCCGAGAAGACAACGGCAGUCCCAAGAAGAAGCAAGGCUGUUGUCGACCUGGCGCUUGAAACAUAUCUACUCUCGGAGAAGAACAAUGGGAAUUCUGGUCAGAAGAUGACUAUGGAUCCCACAUUCAAGCAAUACGCCGUCUCACAGAUGAAGCUCUUUCUCUUCGCUGGCUAUGACACGACAGCCGCUGCGGUGGUCUAUUCUAUCCAUCUCCUUUCGCUUCACCCAGCUGCCCUAUCAAGAGCGCGCCAAGAGCACAACGAUAUCUUCGGAGCCGACAGCACCGUAAAGGAGACUGGAAAUAGCAUCGUCAAAGCCCCCCAGCUCCUCAAUCGACUGGCAUAUACAUCAGCCGUUAUCAAGGAGGCUCUCCGGCUGUACCCACCCGUGUCCAGUACGCGUGCGUCUGGACCAGGCUUCACGGUAUCGGAAACUGACAAGACGAAUCUUGAAGGCUUCAUGCUUUGGGGUGUGCAUCACGCUAUCCAUCGAGCACCAGAGCACUGGGUGAGGCCGGAUGAGUUUGUCCCGGAACGCUGGCUGGCCUCUCCUGGUGACGAGCUGUACCCCGCGGACAAGGAGGCGUGGCGGCCGUUUGAGCGAGGGCCGCGAAACUGCAUUGGCCAAGAAUUAGCCUUGCUGGAGGUGAAGGUAAUCUUAGCUAUGGUGCUGCGGGACUUUGACUUUGCGGACGCUUACGUCGAGUUCAACAAGACGAUGGGCCGGACGGGUCCCACAGAAGUAGCAGGGGAUCGUGCCUAUCAGAUCAUCCAUGAAAGCACUAAGCCCAACAACGGGUAUCCUUGCAGGAUCAAGCAAGCCACGAUCUAUACCGGGGUCCCGCCCCUGGACUCGUAUCUCGCCAACCUGCAGUUCAGCAUCAUCCCUACAGUCGAUGGCUCGUCCCAGGCUUUGGCUCUGCUAGGGUGGCACUGGAUGGGGCUUCUCAUAGCCGUUUUCACUGUCAUGCUAGUCGAGAGCUUACGAACGCGACGCGCAAGGGACCUGAUUCCUUUCGCGCUCUGGGGUCUUGCCAUACACAACCGUCUCUCUGGCCAGUCACGACAGGUCGCUGUAGCUGUCUGGCAGAACUUCCCAGCGUGGAUGGCCUUAGUCCAGGUGAUUGCCGUGUCUUUGGUGGGAGCCAUCCCGGCACGAAAAUCGGAAGAACGCACUACCGAGCACGGCGAACUCAGCCGUAACAUGUCAGCUCUUCGAAGAUUGUACAAAGCUACCGCCGUAGUCUCCGCUUUGAUCCAUGUCUUGGGUCUCAUACCCAUUGUCUCCGCUGCCAUUGGCAAGCUGGAGCCUACACAAGAUUCGCCACAUGCGCAGCUGCGACCUGCCGACUUCUUCCUGCCGCAGAAGUGGGAUACUGAGACCCAGUCAACGGCCGACGGAGGUCGUCUCCGUCUCGGCACGGGUCGUGUUCGUCUGAACCACGAGCUCGUCUUGACCGAUAAGGUUAUCCCGGUCGACUACUGGGACCAUCACUCUCGCGAUGCUGUCCUCAACGUAAUGCUGCGCUUCGACCGCCAACUGGAUGCAGCCAAACUACGAAGAGCUCUGGAAAAACUGCUUGACCGCCGGGAUGGCUGGCGCAGGCUGGGUGGGAGGGUGCGGCUAGGUCCUUCGAAUAAGCUGUAUUGGCAUGUGCCUGACGCAUACACUGAGAAGCGGCCUGCAAUCACCUUUCAUCACAACCGUCACAACAACAUCAGUAUCAAGCAACAUCCAUUAGCAUCUCGACUUCGGAGCAGAGUUCCAUCAUCUUCUGGUGGCUCUCAUGACGCCUCUGUUCCUUGGAUGGUGGAGUCAGGCAAUGGCGUGGACUUCUCCCCCUUGAUGCGACACCCAAGUGAUCCUACUUGUUUCGAAGACUAUGUCUAUCACGAUAAACCGAUGAUAGGCCUACAAGUCACCACGUUCAACGACGCGACAUUGGUAUCAUUAGGCUUCUCUCAUAUCAUGUGGGACUGUAUGGGUCUUAAAGAUCUCUUUGACGCAUGGUCUCUCACUCUACAGGGACGCCAUGAAGAGGUCAUUCCGUUGAUUGGAACUGAUCCUCUUGGAUCUUUGGGUAUAUCACCUGAGCCAACUAAAAUGGUAACAAAGGACGAUGCAAGCAAAACAGCAGCUUCUACAUCCCCUUCCGAACAAUACCGGCACAUCGAUCGACAACUUGGAAUUGUUCAACUCGUUACGCUCGGUCUUCGGCAAGCACUUGACAAGCUGCUGAACAGAAACGCGGCUGAGGAGUUUAGGACGGUGUGUGUGCCCGCAGCAUAUGUCAGGUCUUUGCGCAAUGACGCGCUCCAAGCUCUCGACGCCGAGAAUGCUAGUUCGUCGGGACCUCAAGGGCCAGAGAAGGGUCAUAAGUCUCAGUUAACUCCAGCCACGUUUCUAAGUGAUGGUGAUAUUCUCUGUUCAUGGUGGACACGCAAAAUCAUUAGCUCACGCAUCCGCAAUCCCUCCAAGAGCCGCAAAACCAUCGCUAUACUAAACAUGAUGGGUUUACGUGGCAUUCUGGCACAAGCAGGGCGAUUGCCCGAGAAAGGAGCACUGGUUGGUAACGCAAUCUUGCCUAUUCCUGCCCUGCUACCCACGCGAGAUCUGGUCAGAAACGAUCAGCUGGGCUUUGGCCGCGUUGCAAAGGCCCUCAGAGAGGCGAUCGCGCAACUUAGCACGAGGCCGCAGGUUGAAGCUCUCUUGGCGCUGCAGCGCCGUGCACAUGGGGAUGAGGUUGUUGAGAACGCCAACAAAAAGAAAAAGUCGGGCAACGGCAAAGCCGGACUGCCUGCUCUCUUCGGCGAUGCGGGCAUGCACAUGGUUGUGUGUACCAACUGGACCAAGGCCGAGUUCUUCAAUGUUGACUUCUCGGCCGCGGCGGUUGACGAGAUUGGUUGUGACGGGCUCUUUGAGAACGAGCGUGCGCGCCUUCCUGAGGCUUCAUCCAACGAUACUGCCGCUAGCAGUGGCGUCGAAAUGAUGAGCGCUAUGGGUUGUGAUGGACUCUGGGAGGACGAACAUGCGUCACGUCCGUCUGUCGCUCCUCAAUCUGAUGCUCCUGCUUCUCGUGUGUUGGCAAAGCCGACUGGCGUUCACAUGCAUUUGAUAACGGCGGGUACUCCUGCGUUUCUAACGAGUAUCUUUACCAUCUUGGGCCGCGAUGCCAAUGGAGACUACUGGAUUCAAGGAAUGCUACGGAAAAAGUAUUGGGCUAAGAUUGAGACCGCCCUCAGUCCGAAGUAA